AUGGCCCAAGGGGCAGUGAUCUGUGUGGUCCCGGAGCAGCCCACCCAUGCUGUGUGCGUGCUGGCCACCGAGUCUCGGGUCGACAUCUUCAGCUUUGCCCCUAAGGGCUGCACAUCCUUCAGCAUCAAUGCCUCCUCAGAAGUGGUCGUGAAUGUUGCCCACAUCCCUCCAGUCAAGAAAAAUCCCACAGGUUCUUCCAAAUGGCCCCUGGAUCCUAGGCUGGAGGUGACCGUGAAGGUGAAAGCUUCUAGCAGUAGCAUAAGUGACCAGAAGGUUCAAAUUUCAUACUAUGGACCCAAGUCCCCACCAACCCAAGCCCUGCUCUACCUCACUGGAGUUGAAAUCUCCCUGCACACGGACAUCACCCGCACAGGCAAAGUGAAGCCGGCAGGAACCAAGAACUACCAGAGAAAUUGGACCUGGGGCCCUCACAGACAAGGUGCCAUCCUGUUGGUGAACUGCGACAAAGAUAAUCCUACAUCCUCCACCAUGGACUUCAAGGAUGAUGAGGCACAUGACAGCAAAGACCUGCAGGACAUGUCUCUGAUGACCUUGAGCACACAGACCCCCAACGGUUUCUUCACCAAGUACCAACUAGUGCUCCAUGUGGCCAAAUCAGAGAUGGACAAAGUGCGUGUGUUUCACGCCAAACGGAACAAGUCACCCUCCAAAUAUAAGAUAGUCCUGGGACCCCAGAAGCCGUGCCAUGCCCUGGAGCUCCCCGAUGGCCAGCACAGCACCGACUUCUACGUGGAGGGCCUUGCUUUCCCAAAUGUCAGCUUCCCAGGGCUCAUUUCCCUCAGUGUCUCCCUUUUGGACAUAUCCAGCCAGGAGACCCCUGAAACCCUGGUUUUCCAAGACAGCGUGACCUUCCGUGUGGCCCCAUGGAUCAUGACCCCCAACACCCAGCCCCCACAGGAGGUGUAUGUGUGCAGGAUUUCUGAAAACGAUGACUUCCUGAAGUCACUGACCACUCUGGCCAAGAAAGCCAAGUGCAAGCUAACUAUCUGCCCUGAGGACAAGAACGACAAUGACCAGUGGAUGCAGGAUGAAAUGGAGAUUGGCUAUACCCAAGCCCCACAUAAAACGUUGCCAGUGGUCUUCGACUCCCCACGGAACAGAGGCCUGAAGGACUUCCCCAUCAAACGUGUGCUGGGUCCAGAUUUUGGCUAUGUGACUCAAGAGCCCAAAAGAGGGAAAAUCACUGGUCUUGAUGCCUUUGGGAACCUGGAAGUGAGCCCUCCAGUCACAGUUGGGGGGAAGAACUAUCCACUUGGCAGGAUUCUUUUUGGGAGUAGCAGUUACCCCAGCAAUGAAAGCCGGGAGAUGCACCAGGCCCUGCAAGGCUUCCUCGCUGCCCAGCAGGUGCAGGCCCCAGUGAAGCUCUAUUCUGACUGGUUAUAUGUGGGCCACGUGGACGAGUUCCUGAGCUUUGUGCCAGCGAAGAACAGGAAGGGCUUCCGGUUGCUCCUGGCCAGCCCCAGGGCCUGCUACAAACUGUUCCAGGAACUGGAGAAGGAGGGCCACGGGGAGGCUCUGCUGUUUAAAGGGAUCGAGAGAAAAAAACAGCAGGAAAUAAAGAACAUUCUAUCGAACAAGAAAUUGAGAGAACAGAAUUCAUACGCAGAGCGCUGCAUCGACUGGAACCGAGAGGUGCUGAAGCGGGAGCUGAGCCUGGAGGAGUGCGACAUCAUUGACAUCCCCCAGCUCUACCAUCUCCAGGAGUAUGACAAAGGGAUCCUGAAGGCCGAUGCCUUUUUCCCAAACAUGGUAAACAUGCUGGUGCUAGGGAAGUACCUGGGCAUCCCCAAGCCCUUCGGACCCAUCAUCAAUGGCCAGUGCUGCCUGGAGGAGAAGGUGCGGUCCCUGCUGGAGCCACUGGGCCUGCACUGCACCUUCAUCGACGACCUUGCCGCCUACCACCUUCAUCGCGGGGAGGUGCACUGUGGCACCAACGUGCGUCGGAAGCCCUUCUCCUUCAAGUGGUGGAACAUGGUGCUCUGA